AUGAUGCGCACAUCUAUCACCAAGCUGGCCCGCCCCGCUCUGGUCUCGCGGACCUUCUCGACGACCGUCCGCGCCAUGGCCGGCGAGACCGGUGCUCCGCCCAAGACCGGCGGCCAAGGGGACGCCUUCCAAAAGCGCGAGCGCGCCAACGAGGACUACGCGAUCCGGCAGCGCGAGAAGGAGAAGCUCAUGGAGCUGAAGAAGAAGCUGGCGGAGCAGCAGGCUCACCUGCAACAGCUGUCGGACCACAUUGACGAGAUCACCAAGGAUCAGGGCGGCGAGCAGAACUAA